AUGAAUGACUCAAAUAAUUUUCUUGAUCAAGAUCACUAUGAAAAUAAUUAUUAUAAUCGUCGCCUUAGUCACAUUUCACUUUUUGACACUUAUAUUAGUGGUAGAAAGCAUAUCACUUCUUUUUCACGCAUAAAUCAUAAUAGGAAAAGUAAUUCAAGGUAUAAACUUCAAAACUUUGUUGAUAAAAUACUUUAUAUAUUUAAAAAAUAUUCAAAAAUUUAUAAUCCAAAUUACAAAAAAGCUAUUCAAGCGUUAGAAGAUUUACAAUAUUAUGAGGCUAUCUAUUUAUUUACUUUAAUUUUAAAAGAAUUUCCUCGUAGUUAUUCAGUUAGAUGUGAUCGAGCUUUUGCUGCAUGUCAAAUUGGAGAUUGGGAUAAUGCUAUUAACGAUUUGAAUUAUGCUAUUUCAAAAAAACCAAAAAAAAUUCGUGCUUAUUUUCUUCGAUCUGAAGUAUAUCGUUUGAGAUCUAUGUAUGUCAUGGCUUUGGCUGAUUUAAAUAAAUCUUUAAAAAUACAAAAGAACUUUUUUGCGUUAAAAUCACGUGCAGAAAUAUAUAGUUCUAUUAAACGAUAUAGUGAAGCUAUCUUAGACUUAGAUAUGGCUUUAGUUAUGAAACCACAAAAUGUUUUUAUAAUAAUACAUAGAGCAAAGAUAUAUUGCUUACUUGGACUUUAUGAUAAUGCGUUGAAGGAUCUAAAUUAUGCUCUUGAACUUAAUACUUCAAAUUCUGCUUUAAUAUUAGCAAGUCGUGGUAACAUUUAUCGAAUUAUGGGAUGCUAUGAUUUAGCGCUCAUUGAUUUAGAAGCUUCAUUACGAUAUGAAGAAAAUAUAAUGGCAUUGGAACAAAGAGGAAUGAUUUAUAGAUCUUUGAAUAAAGAUAAAGACGCUUUAUUGGAUUUUAAUAGAAUUUUACAAAAAGUAUCUCGAAAUUUUAAUGCACAUAAGAAUAAAGCAGAAAUUCUUAAAAAGAUUGAAAAAUACGAAGAAGCGCUUACACAUAUGAAUAUUGCAUUACAAAUAGAACCUUUUGAUAUUCAAUUAUUAAAAAAUCUAGGAGAGAUUUAUCAUUCUCUUGGUCAUUAUGAUGAUGCUAUAAAAAACUAUAAUUCGGCGUUGAGAAUUAAUCCUAAUGAUGUGGAAAUACUUCAAAAAAGAGGUGAAACUUAUCGUUUGCUUCGAGAAUAUGAAAAAGCAAUAAAUUUAAAUGAAGCGAUUAAACUUGAUCCUAAUAACUUAAUGGCCUGUGAAAGUCGUAGUGCUGUUAAUAGAAUUCUAUGGAGAGAUGCGCUUAAGGAUUUGAAUGCAGCAUUAGAGUUGAAUUCAUCUAAUAUUUAUGUAUUGACUUAUCGAGGAGAAGCAUUGUUAUCGUUAGGAAGGUAUGAAGAAGCAUUACAGGAUUUAAAUAAAGUGUUAGAUAGUUCACCUGAUUGGUAUCGUAUGUUGAAAAAGAUAAAAGAUAUUUAUUUAGUUAUCUCUCACGAAUUUAAUGCAUUAUGCAAUCGAUGUGCAGUUUAUAAUACGUUAGGAAAGUAUAAUGAGGCGUUGGUAGAUUUAAACAAAGUUUUGUUAAGAUACCCAAGAAAUGUAUUUGCGUUAUGCGAACGAAGUACAGCCUAUAAUACUAUAGGAAAAAGGGAAGAGGCCUUUGUCGAUCUGGAAAAAAUUCUGACAAUAGAUCCUAACAAUAUGUGA